CAGAGGAAGAAAACAUAAUUCUUAACAGUGAUCGCAGAACUGUAUUCCUUUGCUUGCAUAUUCAGAUUAAUGAUAAAAUAGCAAGCGUUCCCCCUGAUUUAAGAGUUGAUUUUUAUACCACGGUUAUGUUACGGCGUGAUUAUAAGUUAUUCAGACAACGGCCGUAAUAUCCUAAAUUUGAGUUCCUCGUGCUAUUGAUUUCAACGUGUGAUAACAGGUUUCUAUCAACUGCAAUUCGUGUUGAUUCUUCAUGAAAUAGUCACUUUGUAGCACAGAUUUAUUGUUGAAAAAUCACAACGGUAUUUGCCCCUCCACUAGAAACUACAGGUUAACUGUCCCUAGUGCUGGGGCACGCAGGAAGCCCGUCCGGUACUGAUGCUUGACAUUGCUGGAGGGGUACUUUACAAUUAAUAAGACCUCUCUGACCAGGCACUGAAACUAGGUAAUGUCUUUGUUUUCUGUUAGUAAAGCAAACAAAUGACUGUGUUGAAGACUUGCCUAUGAGGAGAAAAAGCAGGGAAUUACUCUGGUGCCCUAAUUUGAUUCCCCUCUCUCGUCCAUUAAACAAUACCACUCCAGGUUUCCCCUUUUCAUUAGGUCUGUUUGGCUAGCAAGGCUUUUUUCCUUACAAAAGAAUUUUCCCAACACCGUUAGCAUCCCUUAAAUGCAAGGUCAGGUGUGUUUGCAGCCCUUUAACACCAGAUGGCUCUGUUGAGUUUCACAAAGGUGUCUGUAAAGAUGGCAAAGUCAAGACUGCGUUUUAUAAGGAAAACCAACGUUAAGUGCAUCUUAACAGUUAAAAGCCCAUGGCCAUCUAAAAAUACACAUUAUCUCUAUUCUUUCUGGCAUUUAUAAAGCCCUGUCUGUAGGUAUAAAAUAUGUGAUUACCUGUAACUGCACUGUCAAGACACAGCUGGAAAAGGAUGGUGACUAAAUCUUUAAACUUGGGAAAUAAAAUGUUAAACCCAUCUGUAUUAUUGUCCAAAUACAGCCCACUAAAUGUUCGCCACAGUCACCCCUCCCAGGGUCUGGUUCUCCUUUCUACCCUGCUUCAAACCUGAAAGGAGAGCCCUUGUCCAUGGUGCUGAACUGCACUGCCGCGGUGUAAAUGUAUGUCACAAAAGAGCAAGAAUCGCUGUCAAGUUAUAUUCAGAGUCUAAGGUGGGUCGGCUAAGAGAAAAUGAAAGAUUAUGACAUUAAUUCAAAAUGUCCAUGUCAUGUUUAUGAUACACGAGUACUAAAGAAACCCAGCUAUUAAGGCAUUCUGAGGCUUAAACUCCACAGCCAUAUAGUAACCUGGUAUAUUAUCUGAGUUUGACUAAACGCCGGCCUGCUUGUGCAUAUGUAGAGUUUAUCUAUCUUUCUUUUGGCAUUAUCAUGCCGAGAAGGCGAAGCAAUGUUCUUUCAAAGUUUUCAAUAAAAAUUGUUUGGAAGUGGUAAGGUAAUUUAGUUCAUCAUCACUUGCACAUCGUUGCUAUAGCAACACUUAGCAUUCUCUCUUCAGCAGGCAUAAUGUGUAUAUUAAGAGUUAGAAUAAGUGAUUCCCGGUGUUCGUCUUUUAUUUUGUUUGGUUGCAGCGUGUACAGAGUGGGCGCAGUUUUACAGCCACUUGAAUAAUUUUCUUCACUGGUGUGCAAUGUGCAGGUGACAACCUUGUCAUGCAGCUGCAGUUUUCACUAGCCAUCACUUGCAUGUUAUAUGUGCAGCAGGAAACAUCUCUUCUCCUUUAGGCACAAAGAGGACUGCAGAGUUAAAGCGAUUUAUUUUUGUCAGUGCUUGAAACCAGUGGGUAUUCCACACGAUACCUUUUCAGUCAGUGUAAAUAACCUAUAUCUAUUCAUUUUUGAAACAGAAGCUCAUCUAGCGGACGUCCUUGAGAACGGACACCGGUUCAAGCACCAGCCACGCCGGGAGAGGACAGACGAGAUGCUGUGGAGUCGGGCAGGUAUUUUUAAAAGCAAGGUGCAGAGGGAAAAUGCAGGAAGUUGUUUCUUCUACCUGAUAAACGUUGCUUCCUCUCUUGAGAGUCUGGUAAACUUUGUCUGUUUGUAGGCUGUCCCUAACACGUCACCUCCACAGUUAAGAUAGCAAUGGAUUUUUCCACAUUUUGUAAUCAGAAGCUUCAUACUCUGCUAUCACUGUGAAAUGCAGACAUUAUUCAAACUGAUUCCAGCAACACUUGUACCGAGGUCGUAUAAACAAGAAGUGCCCGUAAAAGAGUAAAUAUUGAUUUACAAAGGGAAAAAUGCAAAAUAUAUGACGCUGGUAUCUUGUCGGCUUCAUUGCUAACUGUGACAGUUAGAUGACAGACUGUUGAUAGAAGGCUAGUUGGAGUGAUGGUUGAAUUGGCUCACGUCUUUUAUAGCCGGAGGAGACAAUCUCGUCUGUUGACUGUGGAUGGCAUGCUUAAUUUCUAGGGAGAGAUUACAAUCAAGAACACCAAUGGAGAGAGAGGCGUGGAUCUGUGCAAUAAGGCUAUAAUUUCCGAAGGAUAUCACAGGAAUCCCUGAUUUUUUUUCUUUUUCUUCCUGUGCCUCUUAUUUAAAGGGGUUGGUAUCUAAGGAUUUAAAUUCUUACACUGCUGUGCACUCCGAAAGAACACGUUUCAGGCAUGGGUACUGCUCUAUCCUCUGACUGUCAGAACUCGGGAGUUUCAUGUUCUUCAGCUUGUUUCAUGCCUGCCCAUCACUAACACACAGAUGGCAGGCAGAUGUGGUCCUAGGAAUCUGAAACGUUUGCAUUCUUGAGUUACAAGGCAUUGACAGAUCAUUAUAAACAACAUGGAUAGUUAGUAGUUUGUUUUCGCUAACUUUUGAUUCAUUUCAUAAAUGGAGCAUCACUAGAGGUCUUGCACCUGAAUAUAUAUAUUUCUUUUUGAGCACAUGGGUUCCAGACUUCAGCAACGUGGGAAGUAGCAGGGGGAUCGGAGAGGCUCCAUCUGGACCCUAAUAGACCCGAGCUGUGAUCGAUCGCUGCUGGAAUGGCUGCGGCGAUCGCCAGCGGGUUGAUCCGCCAAAAGCGCCAGGCUAGGGAGCAGCACAUGGGCCGCCCCUCCACCAGCAAACGCCGCAGUAGUCCGAGCAAAAACCGCGGCCUCUGUAAUGGCAACCUGGCAGAUAUCUUCUCUAAAGUCCGGAUCUUCGGGCUGCGCAAGAGGAGGCUACGGAGACAAGAUCCCCAGCUCAAGGGCAUAGUGACAAGGUUAUACUGCAGGCAAGGCUACUACCUGCAAAUGCACCCCGAUGGAGCUGUCGAUGGGACAAAGGAAGAAAGCAGCAAUUACACAUUGUUCAAUCUGAUACCAGUGGGCCUCAGAGUUGUUGCCGUUCAGGGGGUGAAGACCGGGUUGUACAUAGCCAUGAAUGGUGAAGGGUAUCUCUACACAUCAGAACUUUUUACACCAGAAUGCAAGUUCAAGGAAUCAGUGUUUGAAAACUACUAUGUCAUCUACUCAUCCAUGCUAUACAGACAGCAAGAGUCUGGUAGGGCCUGGUACCUGGGGCUCAACAAGGAAGGACAGAUUAUGAAGGGAAACAGAGUGAAGAAGACCAAGCCAGCAGCUCAUUUUCUUCCUAAGCCAUUAGAAGUUGCCAUGUACCGUGAACCAUCUUUGCAUGAUGUUGGAGAAACAGUGCCAAAAGCUGGUGCGACGCCAAGUAAAAGCACAAGUGCAUCUGCAAUAAUGAAUGGAGGCAAACCAGUUAGCAAGAGCAAGACAACAUAGCUAAAUCCUCCUACGGAUUGGACUCACUGAGACCCUCCGCACAGUCAAGAGAUUUAUCCACGAUGGACCUCCACACAGUAAUGGCUGCUUAUCAGGGGGAUGCAAGUGACCUCUUGUACAUGUACAUUACUGUUUCUGAACAGUUUCAUUGCAAAUGGAUAAACCCCAAUGUGUAGCUUCUUUCACAAGAAGAUACUUGGAUAACCAGCUCAAAAUCAGACCAUGGAAUGCCCUACCAGAUAUGGAAUGCCUUUUUAAUAUAUUUUCUGUGACUGUGACACUCCAUGUGAAUGACAUACUUCACAACUACAAUUGGUACCUUGCCUGCUGACAAUUGUUCAUAAUCCCUUUUGAUUCCAGUUUCAGCAAGUUCUUGCAUUUAAGAUAUAUUUUAGCACAUCAUUUUUUGUUAAGUGCUGUAAACCUUUGCUCUUAUGGAUUUGUCUUCCUUUUUUUUAAUUUCCUUCUUUUUUAUUACAUAAAGCUGCUGUGUUUCACUUUUAGCAACAUUUCCUGGGUUUAUGUUUUGAAAUGCUCCUGUUGCUGGUAAUUGAACUGUGAUAGCAGUCAGUGAAGCAGGAAGCCUUUAAUAGGUGUGUUUUCAUCUAAAAAGAAAUAAUGUCUGUUGCUUAUGGUAUUAGACUGAGUCAUACAUUAUUCACAAAAUUGGCAUUAAAAAGUGGUUAAGAACAUAUCACAAUCCAUGUUUUAAGUCACAUGAUUAAUGUUCAGUAAUCAUUUUUUUUUUUAUUAUUAAUACAGGUACAUAUCACAUGCUUUCUGGUAGUGGUGACAUUUGCCUUGCCCAGCAAGCAAGACCCACUUGUUUUUGAGAAUGUGGGUCCUGGAGGACUCUGUAGGCCUUGUAGGCCCAGAUUUAGGCUCAUCUGUUAUGCACCAAUCCUCUAUUUUCAAUUACACUCACAUGUAACAAAAAAGUUACAAAGCUUUUUUCUAAAGAAAUAAUGAAGUAGAUGCCAUACCUUUUGCAGCUGUGUCCCAUUCCUGCUCUGCCAAGCAUGGGCCAGGCUAGCAGUUUUUUUUUGUUUGUUUGUUUGGUUUUUUUGCCGUAACAAUGCAAAGAGUAUGUGAAAAUCAACUUUUCUUGUACAAAUCCCUGAGUUUCGUGACUUGACAGAUGAAUUUAUUUAGCUCAGCAUGCAGAGUUCUGUGAUGCUUACUUCCGACCAGUGUAACAAUGCAUACCUCUAGUCCAAGUUGCCAAGACCUGCGACCUGCAACCUGCUCCUUUAUUGGCUGAUGCACUUAGUUGCCUUUUUGUAGUAGACCAUUAUGUAAAAUGGCCAUAAAAUACUAAUUUAUCAAGCAUUUUUAAUAAACAUUUUGAACCAAUGUUAUUUGCAACACAGUGCUAACAGCAAACCCACACAUUCUCACAAGACUACAGUAUUUGUUGUAUAAUUUAAGAGGCCAUUACAGACCAUAUUAGGCUAUUAUUCUUAAUACGUCAUAGUUAGAGCGGAAGAUUUCAGAAUGAUUGGACUACAGAAUGAAGUCUAAGGGAGUUGAUAAAGGGACCAAACUGUAUCUUGGUUUGGGUAACAGCGUGUGUAAGGAAUGUGGUGAUAUUCUAGACUCUUCACUGGCGUGGAAGGUACUGGAAACAGGUUAACGAGUCUUUUGCACUAUAUCUACUUGAAAGUCAGUCUGCAUUAUAUUGCCAUUGUAUUUUAUAGCACGUCAUUAUUCAUCUUUCACAAACAUCCUUUGUGGAAAGCUGCUUGACAAUUGAGUACAGCCAUUUUCUGUUGAAGUUUUAUUAGUAUGUUUAUAAAAAAAGUAUAUUAAUGCAAUGCUGCUAAGAAUAAAAAAAUCUGAAAGUUCCUAAAUUUCUUUUUAGCUCAGUUGAUUUAAGCAAUUCUCUUUUAGAUUACUGAGUAAAGCACAUAAAAUUCACUCUCUGUAGUAGCUGUAAAAAGUUAUGCUUAUAUCUAUCUAAAAAUAAAUAGAUAGAUAUAGAUAUACAAACAACAGAUGUAUUUGAAUUUUAAUACUAUGGGGCUGGUGUCCCUAGGCCACAUUUAAAGCAGUUCAAAAGGAACCCUACAUGCUGUGCUGUGAGUGCCCACUAACCAGUUGACUGGUUAAAUUAAAGCUAAAUUUUAUUUUUGUAAAUGACUAGUACAUAAAGUAAACGUAAGACCUCUCUUUUUGUUCUUAUCAGUUGUCUGUAAGAGUGUUUAUUCCUAUGAAUGGAUGUCUUACAACAGUUUACUCAGAACAUGGUUAAACAUAUAUUUGGGGAGGGGGUCUUUGUUGUUUGUGCUUUGAUUAUCUCUUAAUUUUGUCUGUUGUCUCAUCUGUUGCAUGGGAAGAGGAUGGCACUGAAAUGCAUGUAGUAGGUUAUGUGUAUCAAGAACUGUCGGUAUGUACUACUAAAUUUACAUACAUAUAUGCAAAGAGUUUGUCUGCAUUGUACAGUUUGUGUUAUUUGUUGUAUACUCCAAUGCAACAUAUUGAAUAAAAAUCUUUAUAUGAAGGCA